AAUCUCUUUCUUUCUCUGCAAAGAUGUCUUCUGAAGAAUCCAUGAACCCGGCGGCCGAAGAGAAGAAGCCUUCAAAGAAGGAGCUCGCAAAGCUGGAGCGCCAGCGUAAACGCCAAGAAGCCGCCGCCGCGUCUGCCACAGCGGCCGCGGCCAGCCUCUCCAUUUCAGCCGACGAUCCAUUGGCGGCUAGCUACGGCGAAAUCCCCCUCAACGACCUGCAAUCCAAGGAGCUCUCCUCCUCACUGUGGACUCCGGUCAAGGAUUUGACCUGCGAGCUCAAGGAAACGUCUGUGCUCAUCCAAGGCCACGCGCAGGCCAUUCGCGCCGUGGGGAAGAAGAUGGCCUUUUUAGUCGUCAGGGAGGAGUGCUUCACCGUCCAAUGCGUGCUAACUGUGGCGCCGGAUUUGGUCAGCCCGCAGAUGGUCAAAUUCGCCACUGGCCUCAGCCGGGAGAGCAUUGUUGACAUUGAAGGGAUCGUCUCCGUGCCGUCUCAGCCCAUUACCGGCGCCUCUCAGCAGGUGGAAAUUCAAGUGAGGAAGCUUUAUUGUGUUAACAAGGCAGUCCCUAUACUGCCUAUUAAUAUUGAAGACUCAGCUAGAAGCGAGGCUGAAAUUGAAAAGGCUUUGCAGGCGGGCGAGCAACUUGUUCGUGUAAAUCAAGACACUCGACUGAAUUACAGGGUCCUUGACUUGCGCACUCCUGCAAAUCAAGGAAUAUUUACAGUCCAGUGUCAAGUUGAGGAGAUAUUUAGACAAUAUUUGUUAUCUAAUGGUUUUCGUGGGAUCCACACACCUAAACUGAUUGCGGGUUCUAGUGAAGGUGGCGCUGCUGUCUUCAGAUUAGAUUACAAAGGAACACCUGCAUGCUUGGCACAAUCACCUCAGCUUCAUAAACAGAUGGCCAUCUGUGGCGGUUUUAACCGUGUGUUUGAGAUUGGUGCAGUAUACAGAGCAGAGGAUUCUUUUACUCAUCGACAUCUGUGUGAGUUCGUUGGUCUUGAUGUUGAAAUGAGGAUUAAGAAGCACUAUUCAGAGGUGAUGGACAUUGUCGAUGGCUUAUUUGUGAAAAUGUUCGACACCUUGAAUGAGAAAUGUGCUAAAGAACUUGAAGCAAUCAACAAGCAAUACCCAUUUGAAAAGCUGAAGUAUCUACGAAAGACCUUACGACUUACAUUUGAAGAGGGAGUACACAUGCUGAAGGAGGCUGGCAUAGAAGUUGAUCCUUUUGGAGACCUCAACACAGAGACAGAGAGGAAGCUUGGUCAACUUGUCCUUGAGAAGUAUGGAACUGAGUUCUACAUACUUCAUCGCUAUCCUCUGGCAGUUCGACCAUUCUAUACCAUGCCAUGCCAUGAUAAUUCCAAGUACAGCAACUCGUUUGAUGUCUUCAUUAGAGGUGAGGAAAUCAUAUCUGGAGCUCAGCGUAUUCACGUGCCUGAGUUUUUGACAGAGCGUGCACAAGCAUGUGGGAUUGAUGUCAGCACUAUAUCGACAUACAUUGAUGCCUUCAGGCAGAGCUAUACAGUAUGCACUAUGCACAGCAACCUUCAAUUAUUUUCAAAUUAUGUGUGUUGAAAUCAAGUCGGUUAGAUUGUUUAUCAUGUUUCAUGUAUAACUCAUGGUGGAUUUGGAGUAGGGUUAGAGCGUGUGGUGAUGCUUUUCUGUGCACUCAACAACAUUCGGAAAACAUCACUUUUCCCCCGUGAUCCACAGAGAAUCACGCCUUGAUUGCCUCAUUUCCAUGUUGCCAUUCCGCCGGCAAUUCUAUCGAAAAAGAUAGAAAAUUGAGUAGUUGAUUGAUCUUUGUUCUUUUGUGGUAGAAACAAUUACACUUCAGUUUGUUCUCUUAUUUUUGUAUAUCCAAAUGUGAUACAGUACAUGACACAAGCGAUGUUAAUAGUUGUGGUUUUUAAUUUAGAAUGGAAGAUGUUUCAUCUA